ACGUUACCUGACAUUUUCUGUUCCUUUUGCGACAAGAGUUUGGGGGGGGGGUUAAAGGUACUGCUUUUUUAUGACAUUAAUGAAUUAAGUUUAAAACAAAAACAUCGAGCAGUCAUCGACAAGACAUUUGGCGGACGAAGUACGGAAGAUGUCACACGAUCAUAACCAUGCCACCACACUUGCCACAGGUGUCACGAACUCGCAUGCACAGCCCAAUCAUGGAGGCCAUGAAAACAUGAAGAUGCAAAUGACCUUUUAUUUUGGGUGCGAAAAUGUACCGCUGCUAUUUGCUGGGCUUGUCAUCAACACCCCUGGAGAGAUGGUCGGUGCCUGUAUCGGGGUGUUCUUGUUAGCUGCGUUCUAUGAGGGACUAAAAAUUGGUCGAGAGGUCCUGCUGAGGCGGAACCAAGUUAAUGUGCGCUACAACUCCAUGCCAGUGCCUGGUGCUGAUGGCACUGUACUCAUGGAGACCCAUAAAACAGUAGGUCAGCGGAUACUGAGCCUGGCACACUUGUUCCAAACGAUACUGCACAUCAUCCAGGUGGUGGUCAGCUACUUCCUCAUGCUGGUGUUCAUGACCUACAAUGGCUACCUGUGCAUCGCUGUGGCAGCAGGGGCUGGUGUCGGCUACUUCUUGUUCAGCUGGAAGAAGGCAGUUGUGGUGGACAUUACAGAACACUGUCAUUAAGCCUCUUAUUGGCCACGUCCUCUCUCUUCCCUCAGUUGCAUGCACGUGUCAUUUAAAUUAAUGAAAAACCUUAUACACACCUUGCACUUUAAUUGGAACAUAUAUUGUCUGCCAAAGCUGUGUCAAGACUAUAUAUAAUUUAUGCCCCAGAGUGCUGACAGAUCCCUUCAGUCAACGGGAACUGUUAUUUUAAAGUGUUUUUUCUGCUUUGAAUGUUUUAAAUAAUUUUAUUCAGGACCCAAACUCUCGUGGCCCCCUAAAGUUCACAUCACCAUUGUUUCCUUUUAUCAUUCCCGAUCUUGUUACAUUUCCACACCAUUCCUCUGUAGUGUGAGUAGUGUCUGCGUAGCCAUACAGUCUACCUCUUAGCCACACUAUAGGAAAGGUCAUGGCUAUCAUUUGUUCAGAUCACUAUGUAAUCUGAUCUACUAUUCACAAUCAGCAAGCCCUUGAUUAUUAUCAUUUGUCGUGGUGAGGGUGCUUUGGGAAUAGCCUUGUUAAACCAUUUGCCUUAUAGUGAGGACAGGCUGAAAGGGUCGCAGUAGUGAUGGCUCCUAGAGGGUGUGUUGAAUAUGGUUAUGGUUCCUGAUUAUAAAUGAUGAAUGGGAUGAGGAAGGGCCUAUGCUGUAGUCCAGCUCUAACUGGAAAUGAAAACCAUUUUGAUUUGUAGACACAGAAUUGCAGAAACUUAUUUUAAUAAUGGUAAUCAGUGAUGGCACUACUGUUUAGACAGAACACUGCACUACAGUGCUGAAUCAGGCUUUCACUCCGGCUUAUGUAGUGCACUGUUUGCAUGUAUACACGAGUGUGCUAGAGAGAGGAUUUCAUCUGCUAGGUUUGGCACUCAGUUUACAGAUCUGAAGCUGUAGUUUGCUCCGUAUGGAGUUUUUUAAAGUAAAUACAGGAAAUGCUAAAAUGAACUAUAUAUCUUAUGCCAGUGUCUCUCUUAAGAUUCUUUUUUUAUAAUUUGUAACAUUCUGCUGUAAACUUCACAACAAACGGCACUAUUUUUGCAAUCUGUGGAUAACACCCAUUUUAGUGUCUCACAUCUUUUAGGUUUUAUUAAGACAAGAUUGUGAGGUAGAUUGUUUUGCCCCCCCCAUGUCCUCACAGUAUCUUAGUCAAGAUAAGUGACUGCUCAGUGCAUUCCUUGCAGCAAAAACUGGUAGCUCCUAAUUUCAACUGUUCUUUGAUAAAUGGAAUGUGCCUUUUUCAUGCUGGACCUGACUACAAUGCAAGUGCCCAACUAGCUGCCAGGCUGCAUUGUCAAUCAGAAAAGGUCAUAAUCAAAAACAUUUUAUAGGCAACAGGCACUUGGACCAGAAAGUUACGUUCCCCACUGAAUAACUGUUCCGUAUAGACUAAUUUUCAUUUAAAUGUUAAUUCUUUUUUUGUAAUUUCUUGAGAUGAAGUACA